CUGAAUUUAUUCAACCGAAACAUACACUUGGGGGCAAACAUAAAAAAAUCAUUGUCAGGAGUAUGUCUUUCCAGCUUUCAACUCCUGUACCCUUAAGCGAUGACUCUGAAAGUGUAUUAACCAAGACAAUUGGAGAAUCACUAAAAGUUGAGGGUGAUUUGUCACAUGUAUUUGAGGUUGAUAGAACAGUUGACUUUAUUCGCUCGAACAACUAUAAAUCUGUAGCUUUACAGUUUCCCGAUGAGCAUCUUGCAGAUUCUGGUCGUGUAGCUUCGCUGAUAUCCAAACAAGUGGAUGCAAAUAUUCAAAUACUUGCUGAUACAAAUUACGGAAGCUGUUGCGUAGAUGAAGUAGCUGCAGAACAUAUGUCUGCAGAUGCCAUUGUACACUAUGGAAGAGCAUGUCUUUCUCCUACAUCAAGGCUUCCCCUUCUUUAUGUAUUUGGAAGGCUUCCUAUUAAUGUGGACAAGAUGAUUACCAGUUUUACGGAGAAGUUCCCUCUUGACAGUCCAAUUUUGCUUGUUAGUGAUACUCGUUGGUACUACUGCCAAGAUUUGAUUAUUCGGAAGAUGAAAAAUGCUGGUUACAAAACAGUCAUUGCUUCGACGUUAGUUAGAAGAGAAGAACCAGAUUUAGAAUUGGAAGCCUGUACAACGAUUCCAGGACGCCUAUUUCGGUUACCAGAAAAUAUUUCGUUAAGUGAUGUUUCUUUGGUUUUUGUUGGACCCGACUCACCCACAUUAACAUCGAUUUUGAUGUCUCAUUAUUCUGUUGUUAAAGCUUUCUGGUCUUUCGAUCCUGUAAAGGAGACUUUUACUGAAGAAUCGUCUUUCGGUGGUGCCAAACUUCGGAGACGUUAUGCUUUGGUGCAAAAAUGUCGAGAUGCAGGUGUUAUCGGAAUUAUCGUUGGUACUUUGGGUGUAUCGAAUUAUCUAAACGUUUUAGAUAGACUUCGAAAGAUGAUUCUAAAUGCUGGUAAAAAACCGUAUAUAUUGGCUAUCGGAAAACUGAAUCCUGCAAAGUUGGCCAAUUUUCAGGAAAUAGAGUGUUUCGUUUUAAUCGCAUGUGGUGAAAACAGCUUGAUUGAUAGUAGGGAUUUUUAUCGUCCAAUUGUUACUCCAUUCGAAUUAAUGAAAGCGCUUUCAUCUGACACCUCCUGGUUAAAUGAAUGCAUUCUCUCAUUCGAUCGUGUACUUUCAUUAACAGAAGAACAGGAAACCAACACUGAGAAACAAAUUCAAAGCGACGAAAGUGAAAGUCCUCAUUUUAGUCUAGUUACGGGUAAGCUUGUUAAUUCGACACCUAUGAGGCAUGUAGAACUUUCUUUGGACAGCAAUGAAAAUAAAACAGGUGAUUUGAACGAAGAUGGGUCUAGUGCCCUUCAAAAGCGUUCUAACCGGGAUCUGACAGUUAACGGUGUAUAUUCGCCUGCUGCCGCGUACCUUCAAUCUCGGUCAUGGGCUGGUUUGAGCCCCGUACCUGAGGGUACAGCUCCAAGUAAGCUUCAUGAAGGGCAGAAAGGAAUUGCGAAAGGAUAUGUUGGUGAAGGUAAUAAAGGAGAAAAGAAUGAUGAAGAACCCUAUGUUUAAAGAUUUUUUUUUUUAUUUUUCGUUUUAGGAUUCAAUCUGUCAUAUGUAUUUUGGAAAAACGUAGCGAAAAGCUACUACAUUUUUUGGAUAGAAGAUGAUAACCAAGAGAAUGGUUAAAAGUGAGAAAAUAGAGGGUUUUGUUUUGGGUUUACAUAAUAAAUUAAUGUUAC